AAUUUGAAGAAAUUAAUCAAGUUAAUGAUAAUGAUCAAAUGGCAGUAAAUAACUUAAUAGAUAAGCUUAAUAACUGCUGUUUGUGUGAAGAAAAAUGUAGUAAAAAGUCUCAUCGUGCCUGUUACA